AUGCAGUGCCUGUGGUGUGGGCCUCUGCGCUGGACCAAGAAAUUCACACUGGAUGGUGCAGGCAACCCUGCAGUCACUCAAGAGAACCUGGCCCGGAGCCCAGGAGCGACCCCAGGAGGAGUGGGGGCGGGGGCGGGGGGAGGCCGCCGGGCGCGCUCCUGCCUCGGGCGCUGGCCCUUUAAGGCCGGCGUCCCGGGAACAAAGGCCCGGCCUGAGCACCGGCCUGAGUCACUUCAGUUCCUCCGCCCGCGCCCUCCCCGCCCGGCCCGGCCCGACCCGACCCCUUCCCACCCGGGACUACCGGCGGCUCCGCGGGGUCCGCCCCUUGCGCCCGGGGGUGUGCGGAGCGCGCGGGCGCGGUGGGCGCGGGCCUCCCCAGGCCCCUGUCGUCGUCUGGCUCCUCCGGGCGCGAGCCGGGGGCUGGCGGCCGGCACCCCCGACUCUGGGCCUCCCACUUUGGGCCUCAGUUUCCACAUCCACAAACCGGGGAGAUCCCUUUCUGGAGGCCGAGUGAGCGGGCUCCUCCCCAAAGCAAAGAGAACUCCGAGCCUCGGACUCUUCCCGUCUGAAGUCCGUGGGAACACCAGCUCCAACAGAUCAUUCUGCCCUUUCUUGGAAACAAGAUUCCAGGGAUGUUCUUCCAAAGGGAACCUUAGAUUUUGCGGUGGAACCUGUGUCCAGAUAGGAAGCCUACACACGGAGCAGGAGGACAAAAGUUUCCAGGUCAUAAGGACUCGUCAAGUGCCCAGUAUAAUGAACGAGGAAAAACCCAUCCCAGGGCACACCACUGUGAAGCUUGAGAACACUGGAGAGCAGAGAGAAGAAUCUAAAAAUUUUCAGACACGAGGAAGUUACUGGAAGAUAUGCACGACCAAAUCGAAGAGUAGAUCAAAGAAGAAGACACGGAAUCCACAGGCCUGUGGGGAGUGCUGCUUGGCACUAACCAGAACAGAGUGGACGGAAGGAAGGCACAGAGGAAGAACAAAGCCAUGAAGUGGGCGCAAGGAGAAAGCAGAGUCCGGAGGCCGGGAGAGUCCUCCCAGGCUCCAGCUCUUCCCGAGGCCCAGCUUUCGUGCCGUAGCUGGCCUUGUGAGACACUCGACAUCCUCGUAAUAAAUUCCUCU